AUGCCGUCGUCUGCGGACCCGCUUCAAGUCAAGCUUGGAGCGAUACGGCGAGGAUCCCGAAGCUCCCGGAGCUCGUUCGUACUUGAGCACAUCCGAAAUGAAAGUGAACACUAUUGGCAAGCGUACAUAAAGGUCGACGAGCUGUCUACACGCGAGCGUAAAAGUCGAAUUUCAGCGUCGAAUCUCGAGCAAAGUCAAGGUCUUCAAUCGACUGACAUUGAAGACGCUCGAAAAGUAUGCGGGUACAACCGGUUGUCACCUCCCAAGACGAUACCGGACUACAUUCUGUUCUUGCAGCAGUUCCUCAACAUGUUCAUGUUGCUCUUAUCGACUGCUGCAAUCCUCAGUCUGAUCGCGUAUUUCAUCAACAGGUCGACAGAGAUGAAUCUCUACCUGGCUAUCCUCCUGUUCGCUGUUGUGUUUGGUACGUGCACAGCGACAUUUCUUCAAGAACGGUCGACUGGGAAGGCGAUGGAUUCAUUCAAAAACAUGCUGCCAGCUCAGAGUACAGUCGUUCGUGACGGUGUCAGCCAAACUAUCCCGGCUGAAGAACUGGUGGUGGGGGAUCUCGUGUGGGUUCGCAACGGUGACAAAGUUCCAGCAGAUCUGAGGAUUCUUCAGUGUAACAACUUGAAGGUGGAGAACUCCUCUCUAACAGGUGAAUCAGAGCUGAUUAGUCUUACGUCGGAUGCUCAAGAUCAUUCCGUCGCUCAAUUGGAGUGCAAGAACAUUGCGUUCAAUGGCUCGCUGUGCUUUGACGGAGCCGCCUUGGGUUUGGUGCUGACGGUCGGAGACAAGACGGUUCUCGGCCAAAUUGCCAAGCUCUCAACGUCGGCAACCCUUGCUGAAACCAAUAUGCAGCGUGAAGUUAAGGCCUUUGUUCGGUUUAUCGCGAUUCUAGCUUUCGUCAUGGCCAGCAUCCUGUUCAUUCUCGGUGUCGUCCACAAGGACGGAGGAGAUGUUUUGAUCACAUUCGUCGAUGGUUUCCUCGUCAUCCUCGUGGCGAACGUUCCUCAGGGUCUUCACGUCACGGUCACCUCUCUCUUAACCAUUACAGCCGGUCGGUUGGCAGCGAAGAAUGUGUUUGUCAAGCGUCUAGACUGCGUCGAGACACUGGGUUCCAUUUCACUGAUCGCUACCGACAAGACGGGAACGCUUACGAAGAACGUCAUGACGGUCACAGAUAUCUGGGCAGGACGCGAGUUCAUGGCUCAACCAUCCGAGCAAUGCACAGAGAUCGUACCGGAUACUACGACGGACUUUCUGACCGGCAUGACACCCAAAGCUCUUCUUACUCGCGGUGCAGCGCUCUGUAACCGUGCUGCUCCAGACGUCACCCAUCCUUCGAAUAUUCAGAUUACAAUUGAUGAGUCGGUGGAUUCGGGAAGUGAGAAGAAGAGCGAGUCGCCCAUACGCAGUCCGAAGAUCCGAAGUCCUUCGAUGGUACGUAAGCAACGAGCUUUAACUACAACGCGGCAGUACACUGGUAACCCCUCGGAUAUCGCGCUUCUUCGUUUUGCGGAUCUCAAUUUCUCGGCGGACAUAACACGUGACGAGUAUCCACUGAUCUUCGAAAUCCCUUUCAACUCGACCAACAAGUGGCAGCUUGUCGUUGUACCUGCACCAGGUGAAAAGACAACGCAACGGAACUUCGAUGUGUUCAUGAAAGGUGCUCCUGAAGUGAUAAUCAAGCGAUGCAGCACGAUGAUGUCUGCAACCGGGGAGGAAAUUCCGUUAAACGAGGCGCUGGUAAGUGAGUUCUCUCUUGCAUACGAGACGUUUGGACGCAAAGGCCGACGUGUCAUUGCACUGGCAACCCGGCGGUUUGAAGCGUCCAAUACGCACUUUACCGCUGAAGAGGGAAAUUUUCCCUCUGAGAACCUCUGUUUUGUGGGAAUUACCGCAAUUAUGGACCCUCCGCGGGACGAUGUUCCUGACGCAAUUGCGAAGUGUAAGGCGGCUGGUAUCAAGGUGUUUAUGGUUACAGGCGAUCACCCAUUGACAGGACGAGCCAUUGCGAUCGAAAUUGGACUGCUGGACGAUAGUGGGCGUGUUCUAGACUUGCUGGAACCUCCCACUACGAAGAUAUCGGUAAAGCUACCAACCGAUUUCGAUACGUACAAUGGCGCAGUCGUUCACGGUGGCUUCGUUAAUUUGCUGUCUAACGAAGACUUGAAGGCCAUUCUACGCUUGAAUUCGGUGGUGUUUGCUCGCACUACGCCCCAACACAAGCUGCAGAUUGUCAAAGCUAGUCAAGAGAUUGGCGAAUGUGUUGGGGUGACUGGAGACGGUGUCAAUGAUGCUCCAGCGUUAAAGCAAGCGGAUGUUGGCGUGGCAAUGGGAAAGAACGGUAGUGACGUCGCUCGCCAAGCUGCAGAUAUCAUCCUCAUGGACGACAACUUCUCCUCGAUCGUGCGCGGUAUCGAACAAGGACGUAUCAUCUUUGAUAACGUCAAGAAGACGAUUGCGUACACGCUAACGCACUUGUGGCCAGAGAUCUUGCCAUUGGCUAUUUAUCUGGCACUUGGAAUGCCGACAGGUAUGACAGCGCUCCAGAUUUUAAGUAUCGAUCUUGGAACCGAACUUGGACCUGCAGUUUCUAUCGCUCACGAAGGAGGAGAACACGACAUCAUGCAACGCCCUCCACGUAACGUCAAAAAGGACCGACUCAUCUCUAAAUCUCUACUGGUCUACUCGUAUAUUGUCGCUGGAAUGAUUAAUGCAGGCGGCUGCUUGCUCGCUUACGCUGCUGUGUUCUGGCGCAACGAUGUGUCGUUCUCAGAUUUGUUCAUGAGCGCAGAAGAGAACUGGAUCAAAGACGCCGACCCACUAUGUGUCACGGACACAAAAUGUUUGGAUGCUCAAGAUCAGAUGCGUAUACUGGCAGAGGCCUGUGCGUCCUGGUACAUCGCUCUGGUUACGUGUCAAUUCUUCCACAUCUGGAUGGUCAAGACCCGACGCACUUCGGUCAUUAAGGCCAGGAUCUUCAAGAACAUUUUCACUGUGUAUGGUGCAGCGAUGGAGAUUCUGAUCGUUCUGCUGGUCGUGUACGUUCCUGGCAUCCAGUCGUUCUUCGGAACUGCAACUGUGGACUAUGUGCCGUGGCUGAUCGGAUGUGGCGCUGGUAUCGUCACGUGCCUAUACAGCGAAGCCAUUAAGGCUGUCGCGAGACGACAAAUCCCUGGCCAAGAACACCGCCUCGCUCAAUGGGUCGCAUGGUAG